AUGGAGACAUAUAACUAUCCGGAUCCAUAUAUCCCAUCUCGUCAUUCCAUUCAAUUCCCCUUCAACCUAGCAUCUCGCAUCUGGCAACGAAUGUGGCAUGGAAUCCUCUUCCCUUGCCAAAAACCAUCGCCAUCACCAUCUUCCUCAGUGCCAUCUAGUCCAACAUUCGCUAGAUUCCCACUAACUCCAACUCCAGAGUCAGGCAUACAAGAAACAAGCGGCUCAUCUCCGAUCUUCCAACCCCUUGCAUAUGAUCAUAUCUCAUCUCUCUUGAACGCGGACUACUUUCGCGGAACGAUCAACCAAGACGGAAUAUCCCAGAACGGAGAAUGGGACGCAUUACGAGUUCUGAACCCAGAUUUAAGUAGCCAAAAUACCAUCUCGGAAUCAUCGCAUGAUAUUCCCAAGCCACUGAGAAUAGGCAGACCGAAAUCUCUCGCUCCUGUUCUCCCGGAUCUCCCUUUUAUACGCAAUGUAGAGCCUUCUCUUUCCGUCAGCUUUGAGCUAGGUCUACGAAAUUUGCGAUCAUCUGUGACAUACAACGAAUUUCAACAGAGCACCUAUAAUAGAUUUACUCCUAAUCUAUGCUCCGAAACCAUUCAACAGGAGCUAGCGGUGUCGCGUAGUUUGAAUGAGCGCCCGCGCCCGGCCCCUCUAUCUCGUAUCUUUCCCCGCAAUGGACUAACACGCGCAUUAGAACUAUUUUGCCAACCACAACUGCUCAUUUCACCCGAACCAGACCCUGAAGAUGAAAGUGAAGAUGAGAAAUACACUGAUCCCAGUAUUGACACACCUUCAUAUCUAGGCUCACAAUCUUGCGACCCCUCAUUAAGCUCUAGUAUAGAAUCUGCAUUCGACCUCAACAGAUUUCGCGGACAACGGGUAAAAAGCCAUGGUGACUGGGUGAAGCGUAAAGGGCGAUGGGUGAAGAAAAUACAAUGGUCCCAAGCAACCACUCACUUAGAACAGAAUUCCCCACAGGGUGAAGUUACAACUCCAGAGUCUCAGCCCCAAUCCCAAUUCCAGUCUGCUACUCCGUCUCAAUCAAGCCAGGGGAUUACAACUGAAUCAGGAAGCCAAUGGAGUCGGUCUAGAAGAAGCUCCGACAAUUGCUCCGGUUCUACCGGUACAUCUCCCGGUCUCUCAUUUAUUCGAGAUAUUAUCAAUCGUCGGGACCCCGGAAUCUUCGUGAGCCUCAACAGUAUGGAAUCUAUUCAAUCAACUUUGGCUGCGGGAACAGCCGCGCAACAGCGCAGAAUUAUCCGAAAGCAAGAUUAA